AUGGCAGUACUUCCACGAUCCUCGUAUUACGACAAGCACUACAAACAAUCUGCCGCCUUGAUCCGCGCUCGAAGGCCAUACCUGAUUAGAAACUCAUUGACUGGUCUGGGAUUAUUCGCAUUUUGUAUGGGAGUUUAUUCGUGGACAAUCAAAGCCGUUUCGCAAGACGAAUUCGAAGACGUCAAGGUCCCAGACGCACCCGCACAAGCACCACAGGCCGGAGCAAGUACAAUGGCUUCAGUUGCGAAGUGAAAGAGAUAAAUGGCUGGGUUUAAGGGAUUAAGUUGUGAAAUCAUCUGUACAAGAAAAGUAUUAAGGCAAAUCGCCACACCAGACACAUCGUACGAGCAUAGAAGGCGUUUGGGCAUGGACAAAGCGAUGUGAUCAUUGAGGUAUCGUCGCAGAUUAGCUCUACAAUAUAAGUACAGAGACUAGGAUAAACUCUGCGCUGAAGAAGAAUCGUAAAGCAUGUGUCUAUACAAGACGUGAAGUCCUCCGU